UGACGCGGCAAAAGGUCGACGAUGAAAGCCUCCAACCGGACUCUUCCGCGCCGGAGGGGAAUCUAAUCAGAACCCCAUGUCGACGAAUGGGGCCCGCCAUCCGCGUACAACGACAGCUAGAUUCCUAAAAUAAUGGAAGAACAAAAUUUUCUGAGAGGAUUUCCCCACCUCUGUGAAAGUACUCUGCUUCCACUGGUACUCUCCCUCUCUCGUGUUGCCAGAAUGGUCGAUAAUGCUGCACAACAGCCCCUGUUGUCUGGAUUAUUAGAUCCUACACCUCAAACCAAUAAGAAAGAUGCUCCCAAGAGAAGAUUCCGUCACUGUAAAAGUGCUCCUCUACCAGAAUAUGCUCCCGCAGAAAUAAAUGGCAACGACUCACUUCCACGUUCUCAACCCUUUUUGGGUAAAAUCCACCCAAGUUUUAGGAAAGUAGCCAUGUACUUGACAAUGUACCUUGGUGUGGGCACAGGCUGCUUCUACCUCAUCAGUCCAGGGAUUGGUGGGAAGAGAACAGAUGGACUUCUUGAUGCUGUUUAUUUUUGUAUUGUGACAAUGACGACCGUUGGGUAUGGUGACCUUGUGCCCAUUGGUGUGCCCGCAAAACUUCUCGCUUGUGCUUUUGUUUUCACAGGGAUGGCUCUUGUUGGACUGAUCCUUAGCGAAGCAGCAGAUUACUUAGUGGAGAGGCAGGAAACAGCACUUGUUAAAGCAUUAUACAGGCGUGAAAAAGUUGGUCAGGCUGAAAUUCUAAAGGAGAUCGAAACAAACAAAGUGAGGGACAAGUGUUUUAUGGUAUUUGCGCUUCUCUUGGUGCUAAUAGUUGUUGGGACAAUCUUUCUGACAGCUGUUGAGAAACUGGAUCUUGUUGAUGCAUUUUAUUGUGUUUGUUCUACUAUCACAACUCUGGGUUAUGGAGAUAAGAGCUUCUCAACUAAGGCAGGGCGUUUUUUUGCUAUAUUUUGGAUAUUGAUUAGCACCAUAUGCUUAGCUCUAUUUUUCCUUUAUGUGGCUGAGCUAAACACUGAAUCUAGACAAAGGGCGCUGGUCAACUGGGUUCUUGACAGGAGGGUGAACAACAUGGAUUUGGAGGCAGCUGAUCUUGAUGGUGAUGGAGUUGUUGGGUCUGCUGAAUUCAUCUUAUACAAGCUAAAAGAGAUGGGGAAGAUCAACCAAGAAGAUAUCUUACUUGUGAUGGAAGAGUUUGAAGAUCUUGAUGUUGACCAGUCAGGAACUUUGUCCACUACUGAUAUAACGCUGGCCCAAUCAGCUGAAGUUGCGAAGUGAGAAGCACAAUUUUGCAAAAAGGUAAUCUACAUGUGCAGGUGUGAAGAAAAUUUACUUGAAAUAUGUUGUAAGUGUUCAAAAACAAAUUUUUAAUGCCUCUUUUCAUCCAUAUUUCCUUUUCAGACUUUUACCUUCCCCGAAUUUGUUUCCUAACUCGAGACACAUUGUGCAUAUGGUAAAGAUGUUGAUCUGUCUUCAACAUUGUUCAUUCAGUCAAUUGGAAGGAAAAUUGGGCUGCUUCAA